AUGCAAAAAUAUGACAAGCUGGAAAAGAUCGGAGAAGGCACUUACGGUACUGUGUUCAAAGCUCGCAAUAAAGAAGGAGGCGAAGUUGUAGCGUUGAAACGAGUUCGACUUGACGACGAUGAUGAGGGAGUCCCGAGUUCAGCAUUACGAGAAAUCUGCAUCUUAAGGGAAUUGAAGCACAGAAACGUCGUCCGCUUAUAUGACGUCAUAUAUUCGGAAAGCAAACUAACUCUGGUCUUUGAGUAUUGUGAUCAGGACCUGAAGAAGUUUUUCGAUUCACUAAAUGGUCAUAUCGAUCAGCAGGUCGAAUGGCCAAAGUCACUGAUGCUGCAGUUGCUUCGAGGGUUAGCCUUUUGUCACGCACACCAUGUUCUUCAUCGCGAUCUCAAACCGCAAAAUCUGCUCAUCAAUUCCAACGGUCAGCUGAAACUGGCUGAUUUUGGACUUGCACGGGCGUUCGGAGUGCCAGUCAGGUGUUACAGCGCAGAGGUAAGUUCUCAGCUAAUUUUUUGGAGCAUCAUUUUUAUGGUGGUUCGAAGUCAGUUUCAAUAA